AUGUUUGUUCCAUGCCCAAAAACUAGUAGGGAUGAUCCAGAUUUAGCUGAAAUGCAUUUUAUAAUAAAUGGUGAGGAUCAAGGUCCUUGCACUAAAGCCAUACCUUAUACCAGUGGACCAUUACAUGCGGUUGUUGAUGUGUAUGGCACAACAAAACAAGUGAAAAUUGUGCAGCUGUAUGGAGUUAAAACACUACAAAAUGUGUGCCGUGAUGCAAUACUCCAAUAUGUAAACAAUGGUUCAGUGAAGGCAUUGCCAUUGCCCAAGUGCUUAAAAGACUUUUUAAUGUCA